AUGAGCUGUUUCUCCACGAUCUCCAGGCUUCGUCUUUCCCUCGUGCCGUGUCGGUCGUGUUCAAGCACUGCCACACAGAGAAUGCGACUCAAUUCUUGGACCAGAGAUCGCUUAGUCUCCCCAGAGGCAAACGAAAUCCAAGAAGAACAAGUUAAUGGCCCUGAUUGGUUCCCUGGCGAUCCUUCAGGGUCUCGAUGGGCGAGCACGGUCAUCAGAUCGACCUGUAUCAAUGCUCCCUCGUCUUUCGUUGGCUUCCAGUCCUAUCUGCCGUCCAUGGUACCUGCGGCCGACCCGCGGGUCGCAUAUCCGGUCGACACUAUUAAGAGAACCGGACCCAAGCUCCCUGACCUUUUACCCGUCAUGGCGACCUCCAGAGCCUUCAUCUCGAUGCCUUAUCAGCCUUUUGACUGGUAA